AUGAACAUCCAAGCUCUUCUCCUGGUCGCGGCUUCCAUGACCGCUCGCGCCUCCGCCGAGUUCACCGUCACCUCCGGAACCACCGAAGCCGCCACCUCCACCUCGGAGAACGCGGCCUUCGUCAAGCAGUGGACGCUGAACGCGGCCAACUCCGCCGACACCAUCGACUCCAUCGACCUGGACCUUGCCGGUCGCGUGUACGUGAGCUAUGUGAGUGGCCUGCCGAGCGGCGUGCUCGGCUACGUGAACGUGACAGGCGACUCGCAGACGGUGGUCGACGCAGUGACGGUGAGCAACGACGACGACAACGACAAUGACAAUGACGACAAUGACACGAACGACACGGACGGAGAGCUCAACGUCCGCAUCGGCAGCAGCACGACCGCCGCUACGACGCUCAGCGGCUACCUGCUCACGGAGAUCUUCUUGGCGUCCACCGGUGUCGUCACGGACGUCAAGAGCCAGCGGUCGGCCCAGGUGGUCGUCGAGGACGGCGUGCUGGUGUCGAGCAGCACCACCGCGGAGCUGCAGGUCGAGGCGAGCGGCUCCAGCGCCGUGUACGUGUCGGCGGCCAACACCGACGUGAGCGUGCGUCAGCUGCAGCUGGAGGCGGCCGGCACCUCGAAGAUCGAGUUCCAUGUCAAGAGCGUGUCGGUGACCGAGCUCGAGCUGGAGACGCAGGGCACCGGCACUAUCUGCACCAGCGCGGAGACGGUCACGGCCACCAACUACCAGGGCACGGACGCCAGCCGCAUCUCGAUGCCCAACACAUCCAGCAAGUACGACUCCACGGGCUCGUUCGCGUGUGACGUGUCCAGCGUCCCUGCGCGCGAGCCUUCAUGCGUGUCGAGCGCCUGUGCUUCGUCUGAUGACACCAACGCGUCCUCCACCCCUCGCCUCGCUGCGCUGGCGGCCGCUACGAUCGGUGUGGUUGCUGCCAGUCUGCUGUAG